UGUGGGGGGGCCGUGUGGAAACAGAGCCGGCGGUAUCGGUUCCGGUUGAGUUGAGAGCACUGAGCCGCUGAUCAGCGUGUGUUCGGACUGUCAUGGCUGCCUCGUGUGUUUUCAGGAGGCUCUGCUCCACCGCAGCGGAGGCUCAGGGCAAGGGCAGCCGGUGGGAGAGGCUGAAGAGCGGCCGCGUGGGUGUGUGGUGCCGUAGUCUUUUGGGUGACUACAAGGAGGCCUGCCGGGAGGUGGUUGUUGGAGCACGGGAGCGUCCCUUUAAAGCCUCAGCUUACGCGGUCCUGCUGGGGGGGGCGUAUUUCUGUUAUCGAACAAAUCCAGAUGACACGUCCUUCCAGACUGAUCUGCUAGAAACCUCCAAUAAACUGGCCCUUCUGUCACCAUGGAUACGAAGCGGGAUGUCAGAUGGUCACGUGCAGAACCUGGUGAGGCUGCGUAAUGAAGGUCGACUGCGCUACCUUAGUCUGGGCGUGGCCUCGGUGACCUACGUGGUGAGCUACGACCCUGAGAGCAGCCUGUACGAGGCUCAGUGCUCGGCUCUGUCUGUGCCCUGGGCAGAGCUGCCCGGGCGCAUGCUGGACGUGGGCUUCGCUGGACGCUGGUGGGUACUGCACCAGAAGAUGAAGGACUAUGACAUUAACGAGGAAGAGUUUAAGCAUCUCUCUCCGGCUUUGGUGGCCACAGCUCCCCCUUCAGUGCAGGAGACUGAGAGGAAUGAGAGACUGCACAGAGAUUCGUUGAAGGCGCUGGUGAUGGAGGUAGAGGAGGAAACGGCAGAUGGUGCAGUGAGUGUACAGAAAGAGGGGGAGAUCGUGGCGAAAGGAUGAGAGAAAACUGUGUAAGAACAGAUGCACCUAAGCGUUGAUGUGCUUCACUAAAGGACGUGUGCUGGCAUGGACAUAUGGACUGGAGGCAUGUCACAUAUGAUCAGAUAAAUCUGUGAGCAGCAGCCCGGAAGGGAAAGCGCAUUUCUCUGGACAUGGACUUCAGUUUAUAUAGUGUUGUUGGAAUUCUGGGACAAAAAAUGUCAUGUAUUGCUAUACUGUAUGUUAAUACUUUAAUCUUAAAACUAAAGGUGCUACAAAAUUGUUAUUCAAGGCUCAGCAAAAUAUUUUUUUUUUUUUUGACAAAACCUUGGUGAGGUGGUGUGUUGGUAGAGACGUGGGCCUGUUCCUUGCUACUAAUUUGUGCAUCUCCAGUGAGAUUAACCAUUUUUUGAAAAUAUAUGAAUGUAAAAUAUAAAGUAAAAUGAUUUGGUAAAGAACUUUAACCCUGAUUUAACACUGGCAGGCCACAGAGCAGGCCACAACGUCAUUUCUUAUAGGAAGGUUUAUGAUUUUUUUUGUGUGUGUUUAAGUGUUUUUACCUGAGGGUCCCCAGAUUCUGCUCUGUGAACAUUUUGUUUCUCCAAUAUUUCAUUCAUAUUCUGAGCAGAGCGGUUUUGAACAUGACGGAGAGGCUCAGCACAGCUGAUUCUUCUUUGCCCGUUUAUAUGAUGCAUUUUUGCACAAAUACAGGGACAAUUUGCAGAAAAUUAAAGUGUUAAUGAAAGUAGCAGAUGAGCUUGCUACAUUAGCCAGCAUGCUAACCAGUCAUGUUGAUACAGGCCCUGAUACACAGCCACACUUGACAGCACAAGCAGUCUUAAACACACUCACAAGAGACAAAUUUGAGUGAUGCGAGUGACCAUAACUUAUUCAAACCUAAAUCAGCUUCUUUACACUCACAUCUCUUGCAGAAAUGUACAUUAAAAUCUUUAUAGAACUAAAAUGAACUAAAUGUUUCUUCUAUGGCAUCACUUGAACCCUUUUGUAGCACCUUUUAUUUUUUAGGAGUGCUGGUGAAAUAUGAAAUGUUUGGCAUAGUCUGUGAAGAUGAACUGAAUCAAUAAACAUUAUUGUUAUUUUGUA